CUCAGCCUCCUCGUGCCCUUGCAGUUUGACGUCUGCCCUGUAUCCUGAGGGGCCCCUCAAAGCUGCUUAAGGGGAGCAGAAUGGCCGGCUCCCACUCCCUACAUCCCUCCCGGAUCUUCCCCACCCCUCCCCUCCCUGGAAUGGAGAGGAGGGGAGGGAUUUUCCAGGCAAAAAUAGUAUAUAUGUAAAUAUGUAUUUUUUCAGGGUUUCUCCUGUUUUUUUCCUUUUUAAUAAGAAGAUAGGAUUUUUGUCUUUUUAAAGAAAUAUUUUAAACUUUCCAAUAUUUACACAAUUCGAACAUACAGCCCCUUUCUUUUUCCCAGUUCUGAGAGCUGAUGGGAAUCAUCGGCCUCCCUCUCUAGCUUCCACCUUGCCCCUCAGAGGUGAGGCCUAGCAUGAAAUGUGAGGACCUACGGAAAGGGAGAGGAGACACAAGAGUCUGUGAGGCAGGGGCAGAGUAUGGGACCGGGUGGUGUCAGGAAGGAGCAGGCACAGCAUGAGGGUUGAAGGCGAGAGAGCAGGAGUGAACUGCCAUGACUGGGAGACAGGCAUGGCCUUGCUCUUUGUACUUGGCUGCAUCUUCUUCCCCUUGAGCUUCACUCUCCUGUGCUGGAGUCUGCAGCACCAUUCCAACGUGCGGAUGGAGAAGCCACAGGCUGUUUUGGUGGCAUCCAAGCUAGUGUCCUCAGUCCAAGCCGUCAUGGCCUCCACAGCUGGCUACAUCGUCUCCACCUCCUGCAAGCACAUCAUUGAUGACCAACACUGGCUUUCCUCUGCCUACACGCAAUUUGCAGUGCCCUACUUCAUCUACGACAUCUACGCCAUGUUCCUCUGUCACUGGCACAAGCACCAGGUCAAGGGGCAUGGAGGGGACGAAGGGGGGGCCAGAGCCCCGGGCAGCACUUGGGCUGUCGUGCGCGGCUACCUGCACAAGGAGUUCCUCAUGGUGCUCCACCAUGCCGUCAUGGUGCUUGUGUGUUUCCCGCUGUCGGUGGUGUGGCGUCAGGGCAAGGGAGAUUUCUUUCUAGGCUGUUUGCUGAUGGCAGAGGUCAGCACUCCCUUCGUCUGCCUUGGCAAGAUCCUCAUCCAGUACAAGCGGCAGCACACGCUGCUGCACAAGGUGAACGGAGCCCUGAUGCUGCUCAGCUUCCUCUGCUGCCGGGUGCUGCUCUUCCCCUACCUGUACUGGGCCUACGGGCGCCACGCCGGCCUGCCUCUGCUCGCCGUGCCGCUCGCCAUCCCGGCCCACGUCAACCUGGGCGCCGCGCUCCUGCUCGCUCCCCAGCUGUACUGGUUCUUCCUCAUCUGCCGCGGGGCCUGCCGCCUCUUCCGGCCCCGGGGCUCCCCGCCGCCCUCUCCCUGUCAGACCCAGGACUGAGGGUGGGGUCAGGGGAUCCCCACCCACACACCCUGUGGGGACAGGGCUCUGGGACCGCUGGGUGGGGGUCGGGAGUCAGGGGUCUCUGACCCUGACAGCCCAGGACUGACGAACUCCGAAGGGGGUGGGGGCAGGGACCAGGUGACAUGGAAGCCGAGAGAAGGAGACUUCUCCCCACAGUGCCUGAGCUGAGGGCAGUGAACCCUUUGGCAAACCCCCUUCUGGAUCACCAACCCUGGGGCCCGGAAGAAGCGAAGGACAGAGGAAGGGGCACCACUUCCAUCCAUCUAGGGCUUGAGGGCUGUUGGGGAGACCACCGGGACGCAAGAGGUCUAGGAGAGAAAUAAUGGGUGGGAGAUCCUGCUGCCAAGGCCAUCCCAGCCCCCCUGCUGCAAACUCCUCUUAGCUCCCGUCACCUGGGAGGAGAAGACACCCUAAUUCAACCCCUGGAUCUUGCUUGGGGCUUGUCGCCCCCACAGCUCCUCUCCAGGGGAGGCCAGCCUGAAGAAUCUUAUUUAUUUUAUUUAUUUGCCCAAAUUCAAACUAGUUUGUUGGGGUGUGGGGAGGGAGAUGGCUGCUACCCCCCAGCCUUCCCAGUGCUGAGCAACCCCCCAGGGCAGGCGAGGGGGCACCCUGUCCCUUCCCCAUCAGGCUGCAUAUCUUGCCCUCCGGCCCUGGCAUGUCCCUGGUGCUACAGACCUCAAGGCUUCCUCCAAUCUGGGGUCAGGGGACCCUGGGAGGUGCUUUACAGACCGCUAAUAAAGACGAUCUGCGUGAA